AUGACAGGUCAUAAGAUUCGUAACUUAGCAAUUAUUAGUAGAAAAAAUUUAAAUGAAAUUGUUGGUGGGAGAAAGAAAUACAAGAUAAAAAUUAGAGGUGAAAUGGAUGAAAAUGUUAAUGUGAACACUGUUCAUAAUGCCCAGUUGAAAGCACAACAACGUGUUCAUGAAAGAUAUCGUCAACAAAGAAAAGAAAUACUUAGAAAACAAUUGAAAAUAAAACAAAGUGAAAAAAAUGAACAACUAAUAAGUGAUGCUGUCAAAUCAACAAAUAAUCGUUUAAAACUAAUGAAGAAACAUUUUAUUGAAAAUUUAACAUCUGAAAUUGAAUAUGUCAUAGCAAAUCAACCGAAUGCAAUGGCAUCAUUGAGAGUAAAAGCUGUCUACAUGACUGGUCUACAGAAUAAAAUGAUACACAAGAUAAGAAGGUCUAUUGAUCAGAACUUCAAAUUAGAACAAAUUUUAUCAGCAGAACAUGGCUUACAAGUCAUCAGAAGAUAGUUAUAUCAAGGGAAGAAAUUUCAACUAAAUUUAACCUUCUUUUAACUUCAAGUUGAUUCUUUUGGAUUAAACAAUAGCUUAGUGACAUUAGUAUACAGUACUUGGAAGUUUUUGAGAAUUAUUCAAUUCUUCUGCUGUUUUUGUAUUAUUGUUAUUAAAUAUUGACUAUAACCUCACAAUACCUCAAUACCCAAAAAUUGUUUACUAUAAAUAUAAAUAUAAGGUUAG